AUGCUGCAAGGAAGAGCCCUCCAAAUAGCCCAGGUGGCCCUGAUCGUCGCCCCGGCCUUCAUCCUCUUCGGUUAUAACCAAGCUGGUGUUGGUCCCUUGGCCACCUUGCAGAGCUGGGUGCACACCUUCCCCGAAAUCGACGCCACCAACACCGAAGGCGCGCUGAAAUCCCACAACUCGACAAGCAAGGGAGCAGUAGUUGCAUCAUUCCAGAUCGGUGCUCUCAUCGGUGCUUUGUCAUGCGCGCUGCUUAGUGAACGCAUCGGGCGGCGUAAGACCAUCUUCCUCGGCGGGAUCUUGUACAUCAUCGGACAGGUGCUGCAGACUGCUGCUUAUGGCGUUGAGCAAUUCACUGUUGGACGUGUGAUUCUUGGUAUCGGUAUUGGACAGUUCAGUGUUGCUGUUCCCGUGUGGCAGUCUGAAUGCUCGUCGGCGAAGAAUCGUGGUCAGCAUGUCGUUACCGAUGGUAUCUUCAUCUGUCUGGGUUAUGCGCUGUGCAACUGGAUCGACUUCGGUCUGAGCAAGGCAUCUGGCACGAUCCAAUGGCGUGUGCCCUUGGCCAUUUCGUUCGUCUGGGUGUUGAUGAUCAUGUGUUCCGUCUUCUUCCUCCCUGAGUCACCUCGUUGGUUGGUGCGUGUCAACCGCUCCGAAGAAGCCACGGCCAGUCUGGCACAGUACAAGGGUCUUCCUGAAGACGAUGAGACUAUCCGACUUGAAAUCGUGGGCAUCGAAACCUCGCUCGAGAUGGCGCAGCAAUCCAUCUCGUUCAAGGAGAUGCUCGCCAACAAGGACGGAGAGCGUCUCCUCUGGCGCUUCUUUCUCUGCAUGGCUCUUCAGUUCUUCCAACAGAUGUGUGGUGGUAACCUCAUCUCUGUGUAUGCGUCGACCAUCUUCGAGGAGAACCUCGGCCUGUCCUCCGAUCUGUCCAAGAUAUUGGCCGCCUGCGCCCUUACCUGGAAGUUCCUCUGCAGUUUCAUCGCGUAUGUUACGAUCGAUCGACUCGGUCGCCGUGCUGUUUUCAUGAUCAGUGGUACCGGCAUGUGCGUCUGCAUGAUCGUCCUCGCCAUCACCAACUCCUUCGGCUCCGACAACAAAAAAGCAUCCAUCGUCUCCGCCCUCUUCAUCUUCCUCUUCAACUCGUUCUAUCCCAUCGGCUUUUUGGGCGGCAACUUUCUGUACUGCACUGAGAUUGCUCCGGUCAAAUUGAGAGUAGCAAUGUCUUCGAUGUCGACUGCGAACCACUGGUUGUGGAAUUUUGUCGUUGUCAUGAUCACCCCCGUCGCGCUGGACACCAUCGGAUACCAGUACUACAUCAUGUACGCGGUCAUCUCAGCCUGUAUCCCGAUCAUCGUGUACUUCUGGUACCCUGAGACCAUGAACCGAAACCUCGAAUCGAUCAAUCACGUCUUCCGGGACGCUUCCUCGACAUGGAAGAUUGUCUCCAUGGCGCGGCACUUGCCCCAAGGCGAGGCGACAGAGGUCGCAAUGAUGGAAAACAGCAAGGAGAAGUUCGAAGUGGAACAGAAGGAAACGGUUUAA